AUGCUGACACGUGGCCGUCGAGUAUUUUACCCACACAAUCAAAUUUCAUGGCUACCAAAGGUUGCUGCAGUCAUGUCAUUUACUUAUUUUGGGAUCGGAAUGGGUCUCGGAAUCGCUAAAGUGGCAGAAAACGGGAAAUUCAAAGGAAGUCUGAACGGAAUUAACAUUGGUACGGCAACUCAAGCCCAAAAGAUAUGGAGGAAAUCCCAAGCACUUGGAAAUAUUGCUUUUGCUUACUCGUAUUCGACGAUCCUAAUCGAAAUUCAGGACACAUUAAAAGCACCACCAUCAGAAGCUAAAACUAUGAAGAAAGCAAGUUUAUUCAGUGUUUCAACUACAACGAUCUUCUACAUGCUUUGUGGAUGUAUGGGCUAUGCGGCAUUCGGUGACAUGGCACCAGGAAACCUUCUAACCGGGUGUGGGUUCUACAAUCCAUAUUGGUUGGUCGAUAUUGCCAACGUUGCAAUUGUAAUUCACCUUGUUGGAGGUUACCAAGUCUAUUGCCAGCCCUUAUUUGCCUUCAUCGAGAAAUGUGCAGCAACUAAAUGGCCAAAGAGUGAUUUCGUCAACGAAAACUUUCAAGUACCUAUCCCAGGAUGCCGCCCUUACAAUCUCAACCUAUUCAGAGUUGUUUGGAGAACAUUAUUUGUAGUGCUAACUACACUUAUAUCGAUGCUUCUUCCGUUCUUCAAUGAUGUUAUUGGGAUUAUUGACGCAUUUUCGUUCUGGCCGUUAACUGUUUAUUUCCCGGUGGAGAUGUACAUAUCACAGAAAAAGAUACCCAAGUGGAGACCCAAAUGGCUUUUCCUUCAACAACUUAGCGCCAUUUGUUUAGUAAUCCCAAUUGCAGCUACAGCCGGCGCAGUGGCAGGUGUCGUCGCUGAUCUUAAGGUUUAUCAUCCCUUCAAAUCUAACUAUUGA